AUGCCGAUCGGCAAGCUACUGUCCAACGGCGCGCUCCUCUUCGAUGUGCUCAUCAUUGGAGCUGGUCCAUCUGGUCUUUCGGCUGCGACCGGACUCGCCCGCCAGUUGCACACGGCGGUCGUCUUCGACUCGGGCGUGUAUCGCAAUGCGAAGACGCAACACAUGCACAAUGUGCUAGGAUGGGACCACCGCAACCCCGCGGAACUGCGCGCCGCCGCUCGCGCCGACUUGACCAGCCGAUACUCGACCAUUCACUUUCACAACAGCAGCGUUGAGAGGAUCAGACAGAUCGAGGCACAGCAGCUCUUCGAAGCGCAGGAUGCCCACGGCCGGCUCUGGUACGGUCGCAAGGUCGUUCUCGCCACCGGCGUUCGAGACGUCCCGCUCGAUAUUGAGGGUUACUCGGAAUGCUGGGCAAACGGCAUCUAUCACUGUCUCUUCUGCGAUGGCUACGAAGAGCGAGGCCAGGACACCGUCGGCGUCCUUGCGAUGGGGCCCGUCGAGAACCCCCAGCGCGCCCUACAUCUGGCUCGCAUGGCCCGGCGGCUCUCCGAGACGGUCACCGUCUACACCAACGGCAAUGAGCAGCUGGUUGCCGAGAUCCAACAGGCCGCAGAGGCAUCCAUUAGUACGACCCCCUGGCUGAGGUUUGAUGCGCGACGCGUCAGACGAUUCGAAAAGGGUGCCAUCGCCCAGACCGUCGUUGUUCAUUUUGGCGAGACCGACAAGCCGAAAGUAGAAGGGUUCCUGGUGUACAAUCCUCAAACAGAGGUGAAUGGACCGUUGGCCAAGCAGCUGGCCUUGACCAUGACCGAAGGGGGUGAUAUCCAGACCACGUCGCCCUUCCAUGAGACCAGUGUGCCUGGAAUAUUUGCAGUGGGUGAUUGUGCUACUCCGUUCAAGGCCGUCACCCCGGCGGUGGCUAUGGGAUCGCAGGCCGCCGGAGGGCUGGUUGCUCAGCUGCAGGCUGAGCCAUUGCCGGACUUUAGAAUUGAUCGGGAACUGUAG